AUGGCAAAGAGGGGACGGCCAAAGUGGGGCACGGGCAGCGCACAGAAGGCCAAGGAAACCAAAAGAAAAAAACCUAGCCAGCAACUCUCUCAUGCACAACCGCCACGCCUCUCCGUUCCGAGCCUCCUUCUCCAUCUUCUUCUUCUUACCCGCAGCGCCUCCCAAAUUACAGCACCUCCCUCAUUCUCCCAUCGCCCUCACGCUUCUCUCCCUCACUCACGAUCCAGCCGAGAGGCCAUCAUCACCGCGGGCACCCCCGCUGCCAACCUCCAUCUCCGGCCACCCUCCCACUCGACGGCCAGCACCACAGUCCCCUGCUCCUAUCUCACGACCAUUCCCUGCUCACCACAGCUCCCGUCACCGCCUGCUCCACCCACGUCCAGCCCGUGCCCAGCAACCUCCUCGUACGCCGUUACCAUCUCAAGUUCGCCGGCCACUGUCACCGUCUGCAGUGCUCCGGUCAUCCAUCCAAGCGGCCCUGCUACUAUAGCCACACCAGAAGAAUCCUCGGAGACCCUCUGCAACUCUCCACUCGCUGUCGCCACUGCAAGUACCGCCUCCGUCCGGCAACUCCUCAGCCAGCCCCUGUUCCAGCAACCGGCGCCGUCGACAAUGCCCUCCAUCACUCGCCGUUUCCGUCAUCAUCGCCUCAACACCCACGAGCUCCGGCCACCCUCUUUCCGGUCACCCCUCACGACCGCCCAGCCGUGA